GGGGUGGGAGUAACCGGCUCGGCCUCCAGCGCUCUCCUGAUUGGUGCGUGAGCUGUCAGUCUCCUGGGCACAACCUGGGCUCCAUACCUGGAAUUUACCGCGGAGUGUGGUAGUGCAGCAGGCUGGAGAUGAUCGGUGCCACUUCUAGUCGCCUGGCAGUAUCUACGUUCUGACUGCGGGGGUGCCAUGGCCGGCAGGACUGUGGGAUAAGACCACUUACCAGAUGCUGUAGCUUUGUCCCGGACAGUCCUUAUCGCAGCUGAGGAUGGCAGACCCUGCACCCACCCUGCACCUGUGCCAGAAGCUCAGCUAUGCCACCGGGCAUUACCUGAAUGACCUAUGCGCCUCCAUGUGGUUCACCUAUUUCCUAGUCUACUUUCACUCAGUGCUGGGAUUCGACUCAUUUUACGCCGGGCUCCUCCUGCUGGUUGGGCAGAUAGCGGAUGGCAUCUCUACCCCGCUUGUAGGGUAUGAAUCGGAUCGACACGCUGGCUUUCGGUCUUACGGGCGCAGGAAGUCCUGCCAUCUAAUCGGAACAUUGAGCGUUAUUGUCUCAUUCCCCUUCAUCUUCAACCCAUGCUUGGGCUGUACAGAAAAUACACCACAGUGGGUUGGCCUGAUAUACUUUAUCCCUUUCAUCAUCAUUUUCCAGUUUGGAUGGGCAGCUACACAAAUCUCUCAUCUAGCAUUAAUUCCAGACCUGGCUAAGAAUGAACAUGACAAAGUGGAGCUUACAGCAUUCCGGUAUGCAUUUACAGUCCUGGCAAACAUCUCUGUAUAUACAAUCGCUUGGCUGUUGUUGCACUUUGAACUGACUGAAACAGAAGAUGCACAGCAUUUGGGACGGCAGGAUAUUCCUGUAUUCAGGACAUUAGCCCUCAGUGUAGUGGGCAUUGGAGUAUUAUUCUCUUUGUUAUUCCAUAUUGGAACAAAGGAGGAUUCUAGUUUUCAACGCCUUCCAGAAACAGAUGAUGAUGAAAAUGAAGACCCUCUUCACAAGCAACUUUCUAGCGCACCAAAGAAACUGAUGCUGUGGAAGAACUGGCUUUCAGAACCAUCUUUCUAUCAGGUCGCUUUUUUAUAUAUGUGCACACGGCUCAUAGUUAAUUUGUCACAGACCUAUAUAGCUGUUUACUUGACCUAUUCUUUGCAUCUUCCAAAGAAUUACAUUGCCACAAUUCCACUGGUCAUAUAUGUGAGUGGAUUUGUUUCAUCUUUUCUAAUGAAGCCAGUCAACAAAUAUGUUGGACGCAAUAUUACCUAUUUUAUAGGUCUGUUAGCCAUUGCUGCUUUUUCCGCCUGGGUGGCUCUGGAUCCACAGCUUGGUGUGGCAAUCUAUGGAGCUGCUGUUAUUUUGGGAUCUGGUUCAGCUACUAUCUUGGUUACAUCACUUUCCAUGACUGCUGAUCUUAUUGGAACCCACUCGCACAGUGGAGCUUUUGUAUAUGGAGCGAUGAGCUUCACUGACAAAAUUGCCAAUGGACUUGCUGUAGUGCUUAUUCAGUCUUUGCAUCCAUGCCACACUCUUAACUGUUGUCCGGCUUGCGCUCCAUUUUAUCACUGGGUGAUGGUGAUCAUAACUGGAGCUGUGGCUCUAGUGGCUGCUUUCUCACUGAGCUCCAUAAUGAUCUGGCCUAUAAAUGUGCGGUUUUGGUAUGAGAAAGGAAAGCCCAUGCGGUAAAGCCUCCACAUCUUCAAUACAAGAUGCACCCCAGGUUACUAACUCCCAAGAGAUUGGUACAAUUGAUGCCUGAGUUUCAGAAAUACCUCACUCCUUGUUUGUUGUAUUUUGCACAAAUGUAAUGAGGUUAAUUGCAACUAUUUUAUAGUGUUUUCCUGUGUAUUCUUUUUAUUGUAAAAUAAAAUGAAUAUCGUCGACUGUGUAAAAUCAAAUCUGCCCUGCAGCACAAUUACAGCUGUGAAUUUAUAACCACAACCUGUGACCUUGACAGUCAGGAGAAAGAAAAGCAAUAAAAAAAUAAAGUUUAUUUUUUACAGUU